CCGCGGAACUGACCCGGAAGCAAUGACGGACGAGUGCGAACUGAAGGAGCAGAGCGUGCACGUCUAUAAACAAACUUAGAAGAUAUGCUCUCUGCGAUUACUAUAAAGACUUGCCAUCUCCCCUUAGGAUCGACAACUCUCCUCCCCAGCCUCAUCCUCACCAUCAACCUUCUAGCAACCUCUCAGCCAACUCUUCAAUAUGCACUUCCUCACCACCCUACUCGCUCUCGCUCCCGCCGCGCUGGCAGCUCCCGCAGUCAGCCAGCCUCAGCCGGGCGCCAGCGUCCCGGAGGGCUUCUAUCUGACCGAGGUCCAUUCCGACGGCACCCUGGUCCGCACCCCUCUGGACGACGCCGCCAACCUCACGAGCGUGUCCGUCUCGCGGCGCACGACGUCUGAGAACCCCGCCGCCACCUCCAAACUGGGCAAGCGCUUCACCGACUGCUGGGACUGGUACCUCGACGCUGCGGGCACCGACAGGGGUGUCGACACGUGGAAGGACUACCUCAGGACGCAAACUCUGGAGCUCCGAUCCCCUGUGGACUCGAACUGGUACGCCGAGUAUAUCAACGACGGCGUGUCGGUCUACUACUGCAUCAACGCCAGGGACACGUUCGGCAGCCUGAACCUUGAGGACUUCAACUACGCCCUGGUCCAGAUGGACGCCAACUGCAGGCCGUACCAAGCCAGCUACUUCCGGUGGGACGGCAGCGCCGAGAUUGUGGGCAAGGCGAGCGUCAACGACCGUGUUUGCCGCGGUUAGAAGCGCUGUGAAGCGAUCUUGGGCGCCGACGGGGGCGGUAGGGGAUCGGGGCUUUUUGGGGGUUCAGUUUGCCGUCGUUCACUUCGA